AUAUUUUGUGUCAACGUCACAUCGUUGUUUUCCAGGAGAAUUAUCGUACAAGUCUUUCAUAGGGAUUCAUUAAGUCGUGGAUUCUUGAAGAUAUAUUUUUUUCUUCAAAAUAAUGGUGAAGGAAAAUAUCUGGAGGCUUUACCGGGCCAUGGGCCUUCAGAAAUGGCUCUCCAAGUCGCAGAUUAUUGAGCCCAUUUCUGGGGAAAUACAAGAAGUUGGGCCCACUGAUUCUGUUCUUAGUGGGCCAGUUACUGAGGAUGGAAAAUAUAUUUCUUGGCGGAAGGAACACCCUUGUGCACUUUCUUCACUUCCUCGGAUGCUGAACUCUGCGAAAGGGAAGCAAAUUGUCGUGUUUUUAGAUUAUGACGGGACUCUUUCACCAAUUGUGAAUGAUCCAAACCGCGCCUUCAUGUCUCCUCCGAUGCGCUCGGCUUUGCAUGAAGUAGCAAGGCAUUUUCCAACAGCUAUUAUAAGUGGUAGAAGUCGAGACAAGGUAUAUGAAUUUGUUAAGUUAGACAAUGUUUAUUAUGCUGGAAGCCACGGGAUGGAUAUUAUGGGGCCUCCAUUGCAAGUUGAGUCUUACCACGACAAGCAUCAGAUAAAUGCUCAUGAUAAAAAGGGUAAAGAAUUCACCAUUUUCCAACCUGCUCAGGAGUAUCUGCCCUCAAUUGAAAAGAUGCUAAAGGAGUUGAAAAUCGAAACCUGCAGUAUACCAGGUGCUUUCGUAGAGGAUAAUAGGUUCUGUAUUUCUGUGCAUUACCGGCAUGUUUUGGAGGAGGAUUACGAAGCUUUAGAACAGAUAGUUUGGUCAGUACUUUCCGACUAUCCUUGCUUCCAUAUGACUCGGGGGAAGAAGGUUAUGGAGAUUAGGCCAUCAAUCAAAUGGAACAAAGGAGAUGCUAUCGAAUACUUACUUGACACUCUUGGAUUUGUCGACUCUAGUAAUGUCCUCCCUUUUUACCUCGGUGAUGACAAAACUGAUGAAGAUGCUUUCAAGGUACUUAAGAGAAGAGGACAAGGGUACCCCGUAGUUGUAUCUUCCAUCCCAUGGGAAACCUCAGCUUCAUAUUCACUAUUCGAUUCAUCAGAAGUAUUGUCUUUUUUGGUACGUCUGGCAAGGUGGGGAAAGUCAUUGGCCUAAUGGAUCAUCUUAUCAAGACGUAUUGCUUUCUGUAUAGAUGUUCCUAGUUAAGGUUUUAGAGAUAGAUCGAGGAAAUUGGAUAGGAAUUCACAGGCGUAAUUUUUGAAGCUCCUGUGUAUUCUCCCAUUUAAACGACUAUUAUUAUCAGCAACUUGCAGUCGUGUAGGAUUCAGUGGUUAUGCAGUAAAUUUAACAUUUUUUUUUCCACCUUGAGUCAUUGUUAAAUUUGUUAGAACGCAAAAGAACAAUUAUCCAAGUUCUGUCACUACUUAUAAUUUAA